CUUGUAGCCUAUGUGAGCGUGUGUGGCGGAAAGUCCCGAGCUGUGGAAAUCCCCACUCUUUUCCGUGUUUAAGAAUACUGUGAGCUAGUAUCUUUUACCGUGAGGACACUACAGCAUAUUUGCGAGUUAAGGUUAAUGGCGGUAUGGACGACUGCGGUUACAUUCAGUGAAGUGGCAGUGGUCUAGUCGGAACAUCUUAUGGGCUUUGUUGAUACCGACAUAUUGAACAGUACCGAGUUGGUGCCGAUUAUUCCGGAAUACACCAUGUCGCAGGGUCAAAACUUCCUGCCCAAGUUCCUGUUUGUGAGCAACCUGUUCAAGGCCAUGAAGAUCCGGGAGAGGGUGCCCAACGACGUGGUCAAGCCGUCGUCCAGCGGCGGCCUGGUACACCACCUGCGGGGCAUGCACCGGCACACGCUGGAGAUGAUCCGCAUGAGCCACUUCCACCAGACCUUCCGCGAGGUCAUCCAGUCGGCCAUCUUGGACCGGGCCAUGCAGACCUCCCUGGAGCAGGAGAAGAGGCUCAACUGGUGCCGCGAAGUAAAAAAACUGGUGCCACUGCGGACUAAUGGGGACGGUAACUGCCUGCUCCACGCCGCGUCCCAGUACAUGCUGGGAGUGCAGGACACGGACCUGGUCCUGCGGAAGACCCUCUACGCCGUGCUGAAGGAGACCGACACGGCCGACUUCCGAGCACGCUUCCAGACAGAGCUGCUCCACUCACAGGAGUUCACCCAGACAGGCCUCCGCUACAGCACUAUGAACUGGGAUGAGGAGUGGAGGAAGAUCGUGGACAUGGCCUCACCAGUGUCCAGUAGCAACGGCCUGCAGUUUGACUCCCUGGAGGACAUUCACAUCUUCGUGCUGUCCAACAUCCUCCGGAGGCCGAUUGUGGUCAUCGCAGACAGUGUGGUAAGAAGUAUGAAGUCUGGAUCCUCUUUCGCGCCACUCAACGUGGGUGGCAUCUACCUGCCCCUGCACUGGCCGGCCAGCGAGUGCUACAAGUAUCCCAUAGUGCUCGGCUACGACUCGCAGCACUUCGCUCCCCUCAUCACCAUCAAAGACAGCGGCCCAGAAAUCCGAGGGGUGCCGCUGAUCAAUCCGGGCCGCGGCGGCUUUGAGGAGCUGCGGGUGCACUUCCUGACGGAGAAGGAGCACCAGCAGAAGGAGCGGCUGCUGAAGGAGUACCUGAUGCUGAUCGAGAUCCCCAUCAUCGGCCUCCCCAUCGACACUACGCGCAUCGUCAGUGCAGCCAGGUUGGACGAAGGGAACCUCCCAGAGGAUAUGGACCUGAUGGAGGACUACCUGCAGCUGGUCAACCACGAAUACAAGCGCUGGCAGGAGGACAAGGAGGCUCUGUGGGCCCCUCAGGCCCAGCAGCGGCCGCCGCCCUUCUCCGUCUCGCAGCUCUCGCUCAUCGAGAUCCGCUGCGCCACGCCGCGCUGCACCUUCUACGUGUCGGUGGACACGCAGCCGCACUGCCACGAGUGCUUCGAGAAGCGGCAGGCCAGCCGACCGCUGGAGCCCAACGUGACGUCGCCGGCCGGGCCCGGGGUGGUGGUGGGCGCGACGGUGGCGGGGGUGACGCUGGGAGGGCCGGUGGUGGCGGGCGAGCACGAGGGCGGGCGCUGCCGGGGGGCCCCGCCGGCGCCGGCGACCGUGGGCGACCGCGCCCAGAUCCCGAGCCCGCGCUCGGCCCCGCCGACCGCCCCCAGCCUGAGCCUGUACAGCGAGACGCACGCCAUGAAGUGCAAGACGCCCGGCUGCCUGUUCACGCUCAGCGUGGAGCACGACGGCCUGUGCGAGCGCUGCUUCGCCGCCCGCCAGAACCCGCCGCCGCCGCUGCCGCCGCCGUCGUCGUCGUCGUCCGCGGCCAACGCCGCGCCCCUCAACGGCCCCGCGCACCACCACCACGGCUGGAGCCAGUGGACCGGCGGCAGGGAGCGUGAGCGCGACCGGGACCGAGAGCGCGAGUGGGAGCGGGAGCGGGAGCGCGAGCGCGGCGAGAGGGACCGCGAGGCCGAGCGCUGUGGCGUGUGCCGGCAGGAGGUCUUCAGGACGUUCAACGGGCUGUGCGCGCCCUGCAUGCACCGGACGGCGGCGGAGAGGGGGGCCGAGCGCGAGCCCCAGCCGCCCGGGCCGCCCCGCGUCGACCCCUCCGCCGCCACCGCCACCGCCUCGUCCUCCUCGGUGUGGACGCAGCUCCGGGACGCCGAGCGCUCAGCGGCGUCGGGACUCACGCCCUGGCACGUGCCGGGCAACGCGGCGCGGCUCUGCAAGCGCAGCGGCUGCCAGUUCUUCGGCACGCAGGAGAAGCUGGGCUUCUGCACUAUCUGCUAUGUGGACUAUCAGACCAACCACCAAGCACCACCAGCCACCGUCCAGCCGCGCCACACGUCCGAGGCGGGCUUCCAGAACUGCCCGCGGUGCCGUGGGCCCGGUUGCGGAGCGGUGGGCAAGGCCAUGCUGGAGGGCUACUGCAACAAGUGCUACGUGAAGGAGCAGAGCGCCCGGCUCAACCAGGCCACCACCACCACCAGAGGACCCAACUCGCCCCCGCUAGUCAUGAGGGCGCCCAAGGCCCGUCCUCCCCCCACCACGACGUCGUCCAGCAGCCAGGCCCAGUGCCGGCGGAGCGGCUGCAAGAACCUGUCGCCCGGCUGCACGGACCUGUGCCCGGACUGCGUGGGCCGGGGCCAGCGCGAGGGCCGGCGCGCCCAGGCGCCCAAGGAGAAGAGCAAGCAGCGCUGCCGCACGCUGGGCUGCGACCACUACGCCAACCAGGAGAAACAGGGCUACUGCAACGAGUGCGACCACUUCAAGCAGAUCUACCGCGGCUGAGCUGGGCCGUGUUUUUCGAGACGGUGAGCACGAGGAAUCCACAGCGCCACCACCCCCUACCCCACCCCGGCGCGGAGAGUCUGGACUAGCAUGCGGCUCUGUUCGAGGUGCAAUUUGAGAUCAUGAGUGGCUCGUUCUUUUUUUUUUUUUUUUUUUUGCCACUGACCAAUUCGAAGCCCACCCAUAUCACAUACAACCCCCACCUCUUCCCCUGCUGAAUCAACCUGAAGGCCAAAUGAUGAAAAAAAACUAAACUAAAUAUUUCAACUCCAGAACGAAAUCAGCCUGAAGAGGCAGUCGUGGCCAGCCGAAAGAGCCAGGUUCAUGAAUUGGCUUUUUCUCUCUUCUCAAUGCGCAGACGCCGCCGAUGGUCUCUGCGCAAAAGUGUAUCGGGCAACAGGGUGACGCAGCAGUUCGGAAGACCUGUCUCCUUCCAAACACAUACAGUACACACACGUUUGUGGUCACGUGUGUCUAGUGCCAAACUGCCUGUCUGGAAGGGUCCUGCUCCAAGAUGGCCUGAAUGCCCAUCGAAUGUCAGAGCAGGAGGGACUCAAGGACAAGCAAGGACAUGAAUGAAGUGAUCUUAUUUUAUGCUCGAGCAGCAUAACUGACCAAAGUUAAUUUCGUACAAAUGUAAAUCUUUGAGGAAAGAAAAAAACGAAACAAAAGCAAAACAAAAACAAAUGGUGCACGUUGCCAAAAUACUGAUUUGAAGACAAAAACCCCAGCAUAGCCUACACCAACACAAUUCUAUACAGCAACAGCUAAACUCACAACAUACAUACACAUUCUCUCUCUCUCUCACACACACACACACACACACACACACACACACACCAUAGCCCAGAAACACUGGCAUGUGAUGCCACUGUGUGUACAAACUGAAUCCCUAUCAUGAGUGUGCAGUAGGUCACUCAUCGAUCUGCCAUGUCACUUAACGUGCCAUAAGAGGGAGGACAUGUUGCCUUUCUGACACUGAGUUUGUAUUUGCCUCUGACCACAUACACACACACACACACACACACACACACACUCUCUCUCUCUCACACAUACACAGUACAGACACACACAGCACUCUCAUACUGACACACAAACCUAAACACACACAUACACACCUACAGUACAAUGUGCAGACAGAGACACUUUAUUUUGGUUCUAAACAGGACUAUCGUUUUGUUUGUUUGUUUUUUGUUUUUUGAGACAUGCAGUACCACAGCAGCUAAAAUCUUUUGCGGUUCCAGAAAAUGAGACCUCAUGGACACGUAGCUCAUGAAAAACAGUUUCAAAAAGUGCAAUAAAACUUCUGUAUAUCCUGCCUUCAAUUUUAUAAAUGGUGGACAAACGAUUUUGUUCUCUGUCCGCGCUCUCUUCAAACAACGCCUAGAGAGCUGUCAUAACAUGGCGGUUUCACGCGUUCCACGGGGAACACUCGCAAAGUGGAGUCUGGAGAAACUACACAGCCAUCAGCCAUUCCCUCUGUACUACAGAGAUUAAAUGAUGAAAAAGGACUCAACCCAAGUCUACUGAUAACACACGCACAGGAACACACAUGCGCCAGUACACUCACACAAAACGCAUGUUAUCCUCCACGUUCACAUCGAUUCCGAUUUCUUUGUCUUAACUCUUUGUUUCUCUAUUUUCCUGUCUCUCGGUUCAUCUUAUCUAUCGAUUUGUCUCUUCUCUUUUUUCUGAACUGUCUGCCUGUCUAUUCAUCUACCUACCUAUCCGUCUCUAAUCUACCUAUCUAUCAAUCAAUCUAUCUAAACUACCUAGAGUUUAUGUAUCUUUGUCUCUCUCUCUCUAAAGAACCACUCGAUGCCUGUCACACAUACAGCCUGUGUGCUCUGACUGACAUGGACUUAGGAGUGAAGCUGCCAAAUAAGUGUAUACAAUAUCUGCAGUAAUGUUUUCUCAUGAAGAGGCUAGUCUGCCAGACAGACAGACCACUGUAAACCCUUACCAUGUGGAGGGCUAUCUUAAUGUAGAGGACCAUGAUCAAUACUCCAACCAUGCCUAAAAUUCAUUGCAGACCUUUAAAAAAUGGCAUCUUGAUGUUAAUUUUUGCAACGCUUAUUUUUUAAAAGACCAGAUCAGAAUUGUGUGACAAAUGUAUUGUGUGCUCAGUCUGCUGAUUCCUACUAUCUAGGGGGUGUGAACUGUUCUGCAGCUACUCUCUUCAUUCAAAUCUACACAUACAGUACACACAGAUACAGAUACUUCAAUAUAUAUCCACUGUAUGCAUCUCCGAGGUCCCAAUACUGUAAUGUAUAGCUUUGUCUACUUGAAACCUAGAUAAAUGUUGGCCUAGAUAGUUACACAUAUGUGCUUUACACAGAGGAUGUACCGGCGUGGGAUAUCUGAGGUUCGCUUAAGGAGAUUUUUUGGAAAGGGUGUACACUUUUUUCAGUUUUAUGUCUGUGUCUAAGAGGAGUAACAGACCAUCACAAACUUGCACAAUAACCUAAAACGCUGCUCUGAUUUAAGGAUGGUACUUUCUUUGACACUCAUAGCGACAUUCCAAUGAUGGUUAAGACAACGAAGAAAGUCUGGAGAAUUUUUUUAUUUGUGCAACCUUUCAUAUUAGAUUAUUGUACGAAAACGCCUUUUUUCUCUCCUGUUGAUUUGUUUAGUAUUUAUUCAUAACAAAAUAUCUGUACCAUGUGUUGAAAAUAUUUAUAUGUUGUCCUGAAAAUAAAUUAUUUUUAUUAAGAAAAUAACAUGAACUUGAAA